GACUGAUAUUGAUAUCGAUACACACAAAAUGCAGUAAAACAAAAUAAGCUUAAACCCUAGUUUUGCAGCCCCUCCACGCAGUACAAAACAUUAGACACAGAUCUUGUAUCUAUACUCCUCUCUAUGAACCCUAAAACCCACAAGUAAUCUCUCAAUCUUUACCCUGUUUAACAUAAAGAUCCCAACUUUAUCCCAAAUUCCUCAGCAACAUUUCAACAAUUUCCUAGAAAAAUGUCUUAUUUCACCAUAUCCAAAGCUUCCCAAUUCAAACUCUACAAAUCUUCAUAUCCAUUUUCACUCAAGAGGCUCCCUUUUUGUUCAUUAGCAUCUCCAGACCCACCUCUCAAGAAUGAUGAGAUCUUCACUGAUCCAAUCCCAAUUCAAGAAACCCAAGUGCUCAAGAAUGAUAAAAUCUCCAGUGUUUCAAGCCCAAUUCAGGAGACCCAAGCAGUCAAGAAUGAUGAAAUCUCCACUAAUCCAAGCCCAAAUCAAGAAACCCAGGUUCAAUCAGAGAGGCUCAUGAGGCGAACUCCAAGAGGUAAGCUCCGAAAUCAAGAAAAAGUAGAGGAUAUAAUUUGUAGAAUGAUGGCUAAUAGGGCUUGGACUACUCGGUUACAGAACUCUAUUCGUAGUUUAGUUACUCAAUUUGAUCAUGACUUGGUUUAUAAUGUGUUGCAUGGUGCUCGAAAUGCGGAGCACGCGCUUCAGUUCUUUCGGUGGGUUGAGCGUGCGGGGUUGUUUAAGCAUGAUUAUGUGACGCAUUGUAAGAUCAUUGAGAUUAUAGGACGUGCAUCAAAGCUUAAUCAUGCUAGGUGUAUUUUGUUAGAUAUGCCUAAGAAGGGUGUUGAGUGGGAUGAGGAACUUUUUGUUAUGUUGAUUGAUAGUUAUGGUAAGGCGGGCAUUGUUCAGGAGAGUGUCAAGUUGUUUCAGAAAAUGUCGGAAUUGGGGGUUCCGAGGACUAUUAAGUCUUAUGAUACUUUGUUUAAGGUGAUAAUGAGGCGGGGAAGGUAUAUGAUGGCUAAAAGAUAUUUUAAUAAGAUGUCGGGGGAAGGGAUAGUUCCGACAGUUCAUACUUAUAAUGUUAUGAUUUGGGGUUUCUUCCUUUCGAAAAGGGUUGAGACUGCGAAUAGGUUCUUUGAGGAGAUGAAAAGCAAGGAGAUUUUACCUAAUGAGGUUACUUACAAUACUAUGAUUAAUGGGUAUUAUAGGGUUAAGAACGUGGAGGAAGCUGAGAAAUAUUUUGCGGAGAUGAAGGGAAGAGAUAUAGUUCCUAAUGUAAUUACUUAUACCACCAUGAUUAAAGGGUAUGUAGAGACUGGCCAAUUUGACAAGGGGUUGGAUAUUUUUGGAGAAAUGCAAAAUUUUGGUCUGAAGCCAAAUGCUAUUACAUACUCAACUUUGUUGCCAGGGUUAUGUGAGGCCCAGAAGAUGUCUGAGGCUAGGGCAGUUUUGAAAGAGAUGGCGGCAAAGUACAUUGCUCCCACAGAUAAUUCCAUUUUCAAAAGGCUAAUGUUGAGUCAGUGCGAGGUGGGUGAUUUGGAUGCAGCUGCUGAUGUGCUUAAAGCAAUGAUUAGACUGAGCAUUCCAACUGAGGCUGGACAUUAUGGUGUUUUAAUUGAGCAUUUUUGCAAGGCUGGUGUCUAUGAUAAGGCUGUAAACUUCUUGGAUAAGCUCAUUGAGAAGGAAGUUAUAUUGGGGCAACAAAGUGUGUUGGAUAUGGAGCCUACUGCUUACAACCCCAUGAUUGAGUACCUCUGCAACAAUGGAAAAACUAAGAAAGCUGAAACUCUGUUCCGGCAAUUGAUGAAAGUGGGUGUCCAGGAUCCAAUUGCCUUUAACAAUCUGAUCCGUGGUCACUCGAAGGAAGGGAAUCCUGAUUCUGCCUUUGAACUUACAAAGAUCAUGAUUAGGAGAAAAAUCCCUUCAGAAGCCAGUGCAUAUAAGCUGCUCACUGAGAGCUACUUGAGGAAAGGUGAACCAGCUGAUGCUAAAUCGGCUCUGGAUAGUAUGAUUGAAAAUGGACAUCUGCCUGACUCAUCUUUAUAUAGGUCAGUGAUGGAGAGUUUGUUUGAAGAUGGAAGGGUCCAGACAGCAAGUCGUGUCAUGCAAGCUAUGUUAGACAAGGGGGUGAAAGAGCACAUGGAUGUAGUUGCCAAGAUAUUGGAAGCUUUACUCCUGAGGGGUCAUGUUGAGGAAGCCAUUGGACGAAUUGAACUGCUUCUGCAUAGCGGAUGUGUGCCUGAUGUGGAUAGUCUGUUAUCUGUACUGUGUGAAAAAGGAAAGACCAUUGCUGCUUUAAAGCUUGUAGAUUUUUGUUUGGAAAGAGAUUGUAACAUUGAUUUUUCAAGCUACGAGAAGGUGCUAGAUUCAUUGUUAACAGCUGGGAAGACUCUCAAUGCGUAUUCCAUCUUAUGUAAAAUAAUGGAGAAAGGGGGUAACACAGAUUGGAGUAGCUGUGAGGAACUGAUUAAGAGCCUCAACGAGCAGGGUAACACAAAACAAGCAGAUGUCCUCUCGAGGAUGAUCAAGGGUAAGAAUAAAACAACUGGAAGCAAGAAAGGGAAGAAGCUAGAAGCCAUGGCUUCUUAACAUCACAGUCUAAAUUUGUCUUUUCUGUUUAAAGGUAACAGCUUCAUUCGCUAAGUUUCUCCCUAGGGUGUGGCAAGAUUUUGUCAGCAACAGAAUAAGUGGCACAAGAUAUGAUUUAAUGUAUUCUUGUUUUCCAUUGAACUCAUUUCUAAAGUUUUCCUGGUAAAUCUUCGAAAUGCUGUAGCUGAGGAUUUUUAGAAGAAUUAGUUUUCUGUUUUUGGUUGCAUACUGCAACAUAAAUCAACUGUUUUCAUAUGGGAUCUUGUGAAGUGGAACUAGUACUCACAGCUAUAAAUUAAAUUUUUGUCUUUUCA